AUGACCUCAUCAACAACGGCUUCUCAAGCUGAAAUGGAGAAUGCUAGAUUACCACUUGGAUGGAGAGAUCAAUGUUCAGCCCUCUUAAUCCCCCUCAAUGUAUGCAGACAUAAAACACUUUAUAUGCCUUGGAAAUGUGAAGAUGAAAGACACGGAUACGAGAAGUGUCAAUAUGAUGACUAUAUGAGACGUAUGAAACAACUCUCUCGUCAAAAGAAAGCAGCAGCCGAAGCUGCCGCAGAAGAGGAAUAA